AUGCCCACGUCGGCACAGCCACCCCAGCCCAUCUCCGCGCCAGCCAACCCAGCUCGGCUUUCGCGGAAAAUGUCCACAUCUCAAGCGGCCCUCCGUGUUCCCACCAUUGGAAGCAGGACCAACGCCACCCCAAUGUCCUUUGGCGCAGCCAUGUCCGGCAUCAGCUUUACAGACGGCGGCGCCUUCAGCUUUGGUAACGGCGGAGGUGUCCCAGGCUCAUACGGAGCACGUUUCUACGGCGACGCAGGCGGCGACUCGCCACACAUUCCAUUCUCGUCGUCCAUCACCAUGGACCCCGGGUCGUUUGCCGCCAGCUCGGCGGCGUUUGGCCUGCCCAUUGCAGGUGCCAGCUCGUACACUCGCCGCUCGUAUGCGAUGGCCGUCUCAUACGGCAAGGAGUACAACCCCAAUAUGCUCUCGGCGUCUUUGGCUUCCCUGACCACUGGCAACAGCAUGGGCCUUGGAUCGCUUGGCUACUCGUACUCGCGGAAUCAGCUCGAGACGCUGCGUAGCCUGCGCAACAACGAGGACUUGAACCAGGACUACGAAUGCUGUGGAACGCACCACAAUGGGCUCCAUGCCCUUCUGGAACAUGUCGAGGACCAGCACCCAUACACCGACUCUGCCAUGCCCGAUGCGGGCUUUUCACCCGUCACGCUGGCCAUGGACCUCGACCUCGGUGAAGGCGACGGCGACGGCGAGGUUCCAUCAGCUACACACUCCAACCGCUCCUCAACCUCGCCUCGCCCCGUGCCCCACUACCCACUUACACCCACGUCGGGCGCUGGCCCCAAGCCCGACGCACCUGCCCAGGUGCCAGCCACAAUCGCCCCGCUCCAGCUCUCCGACGUCCUCAAGUCGCCACCCACUGAUGACUCGACUCUUGCCCUCCCAUCCACAUCCCCUGACAUGCUCUUGACCCCUACGCAAUCCACCCGCUCGUCUCCCACGCAGUCAUCGCCCUUUGGCGCUGCCCCCAAGAUUACGCAGGCGUCGCGUAGUGCCUUCCUCAGCGGCCCGGCAAAGACUGGGCCUAACCGGUUCGACCGCGCGUUCAACGAGGUGGUCGCUGGCAAGGCGGGACUCACCGACGACCCGGCCCAGCCUCCGGGUCCGACCGCCGUCGCGCCUGGCGUCCUGUUCACUGCCGCCGCCGCCAUGGGUAUCCCCUCGGCUCCGUCCGUUGUUGGUCGCCAGAACGGCACGGUCGGCAACGGUACCGUGACCCCUACCGCCACCACCGGCGCAACCGAGGAGGCCACCAAGACUACGGAGACUGAGGCUACUGCCGACGCGACCAAGGCCGGCGAGGAGAAGCCUGCAAACGGCGACAAGCCCAAGGUCCCCGAGCCCCAGCUCCCCCAGCCCUCGCUGUUCACCACGCACAAGGCAUGGAGGUGUCCUAACCCUGGUUGUAACAAGGCCUACAAGCAGAGCAACGGUCUCAAAUACCACUUGCAGAAGGGCCAAUGCGACUUUGCCAUUCACGACGCCAUCGACCACGGUCUCACUCUUGAGGAAGCCGAGGAACGCUCCCGCCCAUACGUCUGCGCUGUCGGUGCCGGCUGCAACAAGCGUUACCGCCAGAUGAACGGUCUCAAGUACCACUACCUCAACUCGGGCGAGCACGGCGAGUACGGCUUGCGCAUGCUCCAGAACGGCACGCACCCACACCCCCCAUCCCACCCCCCGGUCCCCAAGCGCGACAGGACAGGACAGGCCAACAUGCGCGAGGCAGUCCGCAACGGCGCCGCACCUUACAAUGUGCCCGCGCCUGCCGGCGUACCCGCCCGCCCUUCCCCGGCGCCUACUGGACACACUGUCGGUGGUGCCCAGGCCCCUCGCAUGGGUACAUGGCCCACACCACAGCGCCCUGCCAACGGCACGGCCGCACCUGCCGCGACCACGACGGCGACGGCCAACGCUGCUGCGCCGGCACCCCGCCCCGCCGGUGUCGUCGGCGCCGGAGUGGCUGCGACCACUGCUGUUCCCGGCACCGCCGCCGCCGCACGCCCCGCCGUGCCCGCAGCUGCCGCUGCGCCCAAGAUGGCCCCCGUGCAGCGCGGCCGUGACGCCGUGCUGUUCGCCAAUAUCGACCCAUUGGACGUGUAA